GCGCGUCUCUCCCGGCCACCGUCCGUCCGCGCCUCCUCCCGGCGCAGCGCACUCGGCUCCUCGGCGGGAUGGCGCGGGGCGGCGCGGGCCGGCGGCGGCCGCCGCUGCUGCUUCUCCUCGUCCUCCUCCUCGUCCUGAUGCUGCCGCUGCCCGGCGCCGCGGCGGCCGAGGCCAAGGAGUGCGACAAGCCGUGCGCCAAUGGCGGGCGCUGCCAGCCGGCCAGCGGCCAGUGCGAGUGCCAGCCCGGCUGGGUCGGGGACCAGUGUCAGCACUGCGGGGGCCGCUUCAGGUUAACAGGACCUUCUGGGUAUGUAACAGAUGGGCCUGGAAAUUACAAAUACAAAACAAAAUGCACGUGGCUUAUUGAAGGGAGGCCAAACACAAUCCUAAGGCUUCGGUUUAAUCACUUUGCAACUGAGUGCAGUUGGGACCAUUUGUACGUGUAUGAUGGAGACUCAAUUUAUGCACCGUUACUUGCAGCCUUUAGCGGUCUUAUUGUUCCUGAGAAGGAUGGCAAUGAAACUGUCCCAGAAGUUGUAGCCACUUCUGGCUAUGUCUUGCUGCACUUCUUUAGUGAUGCUGCCUAUAAUUUGACAGGUUUUAAUAUCACAUACAAUUUCAACGCGUGCCCCAACGACUGUUCUGGCCGAGGAGAGUGCAGGCUCAACAACGGCAGCAAUGCUGUUGAAUGUGAAUGUUCGGAGCAUUGGAAAGGAGAGGCUUGUGAUAUUCCUUACUGCCUGGAUGAAUGCGGAUAUCCUGAGAGAGGUCACUGCAACUUGAAUGGGACCAGAGCGUGUUCAUGUUAUUCAGACUGGCAAGGUCCUGGCUGUGCAGUUCCUGUACCAGCAAAUCAGUCAUUUUGGACCCGUGAGGAAUACACUAAUCCAAAGCUUCCUAGAGCAUCUCACAAAACAGUAAUCCAUGACAAUAUAAUGUGGAUUGUGGGAGGCUAUGUGUUCAAUCAUUCUGGAUCUCAGAUGGUUUCAGCGUAUAACCUUGUUACUGAGGAGUGGCUUUCCCUGAGCAAUGCUGUAAAUGCUGUGGAGAUCAGAUACGGUCAUUCGUUGGCAUUGCAUGAGAACAAAAUGUAUAUGUAUGGAGGAAAAAUGGAUGGAACAGGGAAUGUGACCAAUCAGCUCUUGGUGUUCCAUAUUUACAAUCAGUCCUGGGUUCAAGCGGUCCCCAAAGCAAAGGAACAGUACGCAGUCGUUGGGCACUCAGCCCACAUUGUCACGCUGGAAGGGGGCAAGGCGGUUAUGCUCGUCAUCUUCGGGCACUGCCCGCUGUAUGGGUACAUCAGCAACGUUCAGGAAUAUGAUAUUGCCACGAAUACUUGGAGCGUUUUACAGACCAGCGGAGCUUUGGUGCAAGGAGGGUACGGCCACAGCAGCGUUUACGAUCCAAAUACCAGAUCUAUCUACAUCCAUGGAGGCUACAAGGCAUUCACCGCCAACAAGUACAGGCUCGCAGACGAUUUAUACAAGUAUGACGUCGAUACGCGCAUGUGGACAAUUCUUAAAGACAGUAGAUUUUUUCGCUAUUUGCACACCGCUGUGAUAAUGAGCGGAACCAUGCUGGUGUUUGGAGGAAAUACACACAACGACACAUCGAUGAGCCAUGGUGCAAAGUGCUUUUCUUCAGAUUUUAUGGCGUAUGAUAUUGCUUGUGAUCGCUGGUCAAUCCUUCCUCGUCCUGAUCUCCAUCACGAUGUCAACAGAUUUGGCCAUUCAGCCGUCCUACACAACGGCACUAUGUAUAUAUACGGAGGUUUCAAUAGCCUUCUCCUGAGUGACAUCUUGAGGUUCACACCAGAAAGCUGUGAAGCUUAUGACAGUAGGACAUCCUGCUCAAGAGCAGGCCCUGGAGUCAGGUGUGUCUGGAAUACCAACUCUUCUCAGUGUGUCCCAUGGGAAAUGGCAACUAUCGCGCAACAACAGAAGGUUUUUGAAGACUGCCCUCCCAAGCUAGACCACGAAAAAUGUGAUCAGAAUACAGACUGCUAUAGCUGCACGGCCAACACAAACAACUGUCAGUGGUGCAAUGACCAGUGCAUCUCGGGGCAUAGCAACUGCACAGAAGACCAGGUUCCCAUUACUGCCUAUGACAACUGCCCCAAGGAUAACCCCUCCUAUUACUGCAACAAAAAGACAAGUUGUAAAAGCUGUGCGAUGGACCAGAACUGUCAGUGGGAGCCCCGCAAUCAAGAGUGUAUAGCUUUACCUGAAAAUAUCUGUGGAGCAAACUGGCAUUUGGUGGGCAAUUCCUGUUUGAAAAUCACUAACACCAAAGAGAACUAUGACCAUGCCAAACUGGCCUGCAGGACUCAUAAUGCUCUCCUGGCUUCUCUCACCACCCAGAAGAAGGUAGAAUUUGUUCUAAAGGAGCUGGUGAAGAUGCAGUCUUCGCCCAAAACCCUGACCCCGUGGGUUGGGCUGAGGAAAAUCAAUGUGUCGUAUUGGUGCUGGGAAGACAUGUCUCCCUUUACAGACACCCUGCUCGGAUGGCUCCCGGGAGAACCAAGUGAUGCUGGAUUUUGUGGAUAUUUAGCUGAGCCUUAUCAGCACGGACUGAAGGCAGCAACUUGCAUCAACCAAGUUAAUGGCAGCGUCUGUGAACGGCCCGCUAACCACAGUGCCAAGCAGUGUCGCACACCGUGUGCCUUGAGGACAACGUGUGGAGAGUGCACAAGUACCAACUCUGAGUGCAUGUGGUGCAGCAACAUGAAGCAGUGUGUGGACUCGAAUGCUUACGUGGCUUCCUUCCCUUAUGGCCAGUGCAUGGAGUGGUACACUACGAACAGUUGUCUACCUGAAAACUGCUCCGGUUACUGCACGUGCGGCCACUGUUUGGAACAACCCGGCUGCGGCUGGUGCACGGAUCCUAGUAAUACAGGAAAGGGGAAGUGCAUAGAAGGCUCUUACAGAGGUCCAGUAAAGAUGCUGUCGUCAUCCAUGUCGAGACCCAUCCUUAAUGUCAGCAUGUGUCCAGCAGAGAAUCAUUAUAACUGGUCCUUCAUUCAGUGUCCAGCUUGCCAGUGCAAUGGGCACAGUAAAUGUAUAAAUGAAAGCAUCUGUGAAAAGUGUGAGAACCUGACUACCGGCAAACACUGCGAGACCUGCAUAUCUGGCUAUUACGGAGAUCCAACUAACGGAGGAACGUGCCAAUCUUGCAAGUGUAAUGGGCAUGCCUCCAUCUGCAAUACAAAAUCAGGGAAAUGUUUCUGUACUACGAAAGGGAUUAAAGGCGACGAGUGUCAACUGUGUGAGGUAGAAAAUCGUUACCAGGGAAAUCCACUGAAAGGAACGUGUUACUAUACCCUUCUUAUUGACUACCAGUUCACCUUCAGCCUUUCCCAAGAGGAUGAUCGCUAUUAUACAGCAAUCAAUUUUGUAGCAACGCCUGAAGAGCAAAACAGAGACCUGGAUAUGUUUAUCAAUGCAUCUAAAAACUUCAACCUCAACAUUACUUGGUCAACAAGUUUUGCAGCUGGCACCCAAGCUGGAGAGGAGAUUCCAGUGAUUUCAAAGACCAAUAUAAAGGAAUACAAGGACAGCUUCUCUAACGAGAAGUUCGAUUUUCGCAACAACCCAAACAUCACUUUCUUUGUUUAUGUCAGCAACUUCACGUGGCCGAUAAAAAUACAGAUAUCAUUUUCUGCUGACAGAAGAGGAUAAAGUCCACGCCAGAUUUCACUUAGCUAAAAUGUGGACAAAAAUGGAAAUUCGUUUGUCGGAUGUCAAAAGCAAUGAUGUCGUAGAAUCAAAGUCAGACGUAUCUGAACUUGAAAGAUCGGAUUAUGAAUGGGAACUUCAUUUUAAAGCUCAAGAAAUAUUCAAAAAGGAAGAGAGAUCUGGAUGAAGGCAAAGAUCAGCCAAGGACUGGGCCAGCUCUUGAUUAAUUUGCUGAUUUGCCAUGUCUCAGUAAAAAAGCACUAAGCUACUGGGAAGGUCAUAAAACUGUUGUGGGAGAGCUGUAUCCACUGGUAAAAAAUUUUGCUGGCAGUUCCAGCAACAUGAGUUGUUCCAAUAUAUCCUUUCACCCCCGUGCUCCAGAUUAACAGAGCAUAUAUUAAAACAUGUUAUUUUAGGUUUCUCAGAUGCAUUGUGUGUUUAAAAACAAGUAUCAUUUGACCCAGUGAUCUUCCAAGAUCCCUUCCAGCCUUAGUCUCUCAAACUUUGAGACUUUUUGGCAUUUAGGGAGAGAGAAGACUACAGCCCAUCCAUAAUUAGGCAUCUGUCUCAAGUUUAGACACAGAAUUAAGGUAGUUUCAAUAUCCUUGAUGAUUGCCCUUCCUGAUGGUCCCCUAGUAGGUAGGGGACCGCCACUCAAGUCAAAUAAAUGACAUUUUUCACUGUGGGACCAAAUGUUGGUUGUGACCGUAUGUCUUCACUUGGUUUUUUGGGGGUAAAGAACAAAACCACCAUCAUUUUGACGCUGCCCAGUGUUGCAUGCUUGCGACAGCAAGUCUGUAUUGUCCUGGGUUCUGCAUUCUCCAUUUCCUGUCUUUACCUCCUUCUGGGAUACUCUUUUCUCCCUUUCCCUGUCCAAUCAGGUGGGUUGAUGAUGUCCAUGUCAGGUCAGGCAUUUGUGAGAUCAGCUUUGAACAGAGAUAGUUUGUAAAGCUACCGUCAUGCUUGUUAAACAUGUGAAGCACUUCUCUCUCUUUUUUUUUUCCCUUGUCGAGACAAUAUUUCUCAAGCAGUAAAGCAACCUAAGCUGGUAUAUUAGAAACCAGUAUUUUGUAGUAUAAAUUAGUUGAGAACAAAUUAUGUUUUAUUCUGACUUUGAUACCAUUUGCAGAAUUGAAAAUUGAAUUCCAUAUUGUAAACCUGGUUAAAAAGAAUCUUAAUUUCUAUAUUUCAGGUUAGUUUGCAAGACUGGCUGUUGUUAACAUCUCCUCCCCUCCUUGUAAACUAAGUGAUUUUAAUGUGGAGUCAGUGAAGCAGAACAUAUUGCACCUCACUUUUCCCUUUUAGCUCUUUUGAGAUUAUAGCUAUGCUUCUCUGUAUGAGGCAUAGUCCCAUGGGAUAAUUCUCAUUUGAAUUUUUCAGUCCCUGUGCUUCUCAAGUGGGGAAUGAUAGCAACUCAAAAAGAAAUGCUUUUUUUUUUUUAAAUUAGCAACUAUAUACCGACUGACUGUGAUACGGGCAGAAAACUAAGCUGUUGCCGUCAUUGUUACCCUGAAUUAUUUAUCUUUGUUUCUCUUGAUGCAUAAUAGCUUGUUUUGAACUCUAGGUAUGGGAGGAUCUCCUGAGCCAUCAAAUCUGGUCCCCUGGUAUUGCAGGUGACCAUGCUAUAUGCUGUCAUUCAAAAACAGAACAAAGCAUACCUUAAAUCUAGCCUCACGACUCCCAUUGAACCACGAAUCCAGAACUUCACUGCUCUGAUAGUUAGAAGCCUUGUUUUUAAAUAGUAACGUGAGUAUACUUAUGCUCAGUUGACAUUAGGGCUGUGCGAAGCUUUGGUCCCUGAUUCGAUCUGGUGGAGAUUCAGCCCGAUUCAGUGGCUGAAUCUCCAAAUCAGAUCAGAGGACCCUUUAAUCUCUCCGAAUCAAAUUGGAACCCUCUGAAUUGACUCCGAGAGAUUUGGAAAGAUUCGGAUAUAGACACAGCUUUAAAGGGUUUUUCUACAUACCUCUAGGUAGCAGGUGGCUCAUGAAUGCUGUGAUGCUGGGGCACAUGGAGAGUCCCCAGAAGCACUUCCGGGUUCACCUCCGAGCACAUGGAGGGCCCCCUCCCCACUCCUGUGGGACGCUUCAUCCAUCCCAGCAUCGCAGCAUCCACAAGCCGUGCCGGUACCUCGAGGCAUGUAGAAAAAACUUCUAAAGCUGUGUCUAUGUCUGAAUCGCUAAUUCUCCCAAUCAGCGUCGAAAUUUCAGAUUUGGAUUUGGUCGAAUCGAAUCAGGGGCAGUGAUCUGAAUCAACGAAUCGAAUCACUGUCCCCGAUUUGGGCCGAAUCCGAAUUGAAUAGGGCCCACUUUGCACACUUCUAGUUGACAACCAUUUGGCUUUGGAUCAGCAUAUUUUAGUUUUUAUGGGGUCUUUCCCCAUGCUAGCGUUUCUCCUCAAGUCCUCCCCCCCGCCCCCGUUAUAUUUUUAGAGAGUGAAGCAUAUGACCUAAACUAAAUCAAUCAUGUUCUGUGAUAGGUCUUUCAUUUUGAUGAUCCUAUCGUUCUCUUCACCUGCUCCAGUUAGAAUCAGUCGUUCCUGACCCCAACUGUGGGCGACACAUCUGUACGUGGUAUUCCCGAUGAAAUCUCACCAGAGCCUUGUACAACGGCACUACUACUUUGAUAUCUCUAUUGGAAGUGCCCAAACUAAUUCAUGGCAGAACAGAAUUUUUUUUUUUGUGGUCACACGUCUCAACCGUCCUGUGUUCAACUAUUAUAUCCGGCUCUGUCUCCUCCUCUGUUUUUUGACCGAUGAACUCCAGGUUUUAAUGGAAAUUCUUGCCCUCAGCCCAUGAGUUUGUACUCCAUACUAUUAAAUUUCAUACCAUUGUGAGCACUUCAGUCUUCAAGGUUAAUCUUCACAGUCUUCCUUUUCUGGCAUUCUGCUGCUCCUCAGCGUUGACUGCCUCCCAACUUUGUGUCAUCAGUUAGUUUUUUUUGGCAUGCUCCUACUCCCUGUGCAUAGGUUAUUAAAGGAAAGCUGUCCUCAAACAAAUCUUUGAGGAACUCUAAUAAUAAUAAUAAUAGUGAUAAUAUUAAUGAUAAUAUUACUCCAGUCUGAUAUUUUCCUUUCGCACAACCCACGUGUAUCUCCCAGUUUCUUACUCACUUCAGGAUUCUUGUACUGAUCCCAAUCUUUUGCAGUUGAACAUAACGAUCCCACGUAUGGCAUUUUAUUAAAUGCUUUUGAAGUCCUUGGAUCCUCACUGCCAGGUAUUUGCAUUUUCACAGACCUCCACUUUGCAUAUUGGCUUCUGUCCCAACCAGGAGAGCACAAAACGCCAAACGACUCUCCUUAUGCCUAAAGAAGGGUGUUUGUGCCCGAAAGCUUGUGAAGAACAGUUUUUCCAACUAUUUAGUUGGUCUAAUAAAAGAUAGCUUAUUUACCCAAAGGACCUUGUCUGCUGUUGAAGUCCGGGCAGAUUAAACCAAUAGUUUCUUGGAUUUAAAAGCUGAUUUCUAAAUCAAGGUAGAUGCUGGGUUUUGUGUGACAUGACCUACUUUUGGUAAACCCAUGUUGUAGUUAAUUAUACUUGCCUUUUACAUCAGUGCCUAAUUAUCAUUUACUUAAUAAAUUUGUUUUUUAAAGCUUAGCAUGCUAUAACAAGCCAGUCUAAUGUGUCUGUAGGAGUCCAGAUAAUUUUUUUUUCUCCUGAAGAUAUUUCUUUCUUCCCCAGUCGCACAAUAUCAUCCACAACCGUAUCGAUUGGUUGAAAAAAUUCUCUUAGACCAACAAGUCACAUGCUUGUUCACUGGUUUUGGCACGAGGAUUAUCUGAUCUCCCAACUUGAACACUUCGAGUCUUUGAAUUUGCUUCUGCUUUGUAGUCAUUUUCCAGUUUCGUGCUGCCUUUGCAUCUUUGUUUUUCAUGGUUAUUCGAUUGGAAAUCGAGGCAUUAUUUCAGUGCUUGGGUCUCAUACUAUGGGCUAUCUGUAAUCUACACCAGGGCUGUUCAACUCAUGGCCCGUGGGUCGCAUGUGGCCUGUGAAGUGUUACCUUCACGCGGGCUCUCGCCCAGAUGCCAUUCCCCUCACUGCUUCCUCUCCUUUGGCUUCUGUUUCCUGCCCCCAUCCUUGGGGGUAUGACUGUAUUGCCUGAAGUGGAGCCCACACAGCCAAUGUGGCAUGCACCCCGUGGCUGCACAGCCCUGAUCUGCCCUUUCGUCACAUGUUGCAGCUUCCUUAUUUUUACUUCUGUGGUUGAACCUUUUGUUGCUUAUUUUAACAACCUUUUCCAGUCCCAGCUCGGCUUGACUUUUGGCAAUUUGUGUUAUACCAGCAAGGAAUCCUGUGUCUUAGAGGAUCAGACCCUUUCUGUUCCUAGUUUCAUAGUAGUUAAGGGCCAGGUGCUGCUGGGGGGAAUAGGACCCUUCCUAUUUGCUGCUGAUCUCCGCUAACGAGUUUGUAAGCAGCCACCAAAUCCCCCCUCAGCCUCUGUUUGCUGAGGCUGAACAGGUUCAGGUCCCUCAGCCUCUCCUCGUAGGGCCUGCCCUGUUGCCUUCCAGCCAAGCGGGUGGCCUCCUCUGAACCCUCUCAAGGCUGGCCACAUCCCUCUUAAAGUGCGGUGCCCAGAACUGGAUGCAGUACUCCAAUUGAGGCCGGACCAAUGUCGCAUAGAGGGGGAGUAUCUCUUCUCUGGACCUUCUUGAGAUGCACCUUUGGAUGCACGACAAGGUGCGGUUGGCUUUGUUGGCUGUGGUUUGGCAUUGGCGGCUCAUGUUCAUCUUGGAGUCAAUAAUGACUCCAAGAUCCCUUUCCGCCUCUGUGCUCUCAAAGGGGGAGCUCCCCAGCUUGUAUGUAUGCUGUGGACUCCUUCUCCCCAGGUGCAGCACCCUGCAUUUCUCUACAUUGAACCCCAUCCUAUUACCAUCCGCCCACUUCUGUAGUCAGUCUAAAACUUCCAUCUAGGACAGUGAUUCUCAUCCACAGCGAUGUAGCACCCUAGGGUGCCACACGGUGUUAGCGCUAAGUGUUGAGAUACGGUACACAAGAAAAACCUGGAGAUUUCAAAUAGGAAUGCAGUGUUAAAACCAUUCUGACCCAUUGUGAUCUUCUCUGCUCUUGGCAACAGGAAAAAUUGCUCUGUUAUUUUUCUGUUGUCAAAAAACCAAGUGAAAACUAAGAGCUGGCAUUUUCCAAAGGGUGCCUUGAGUCAAAAAGAAAGUUUUGAGAACCACUGAUCUCGGGUAUAUGUUGGUUCUUCUCGCCCUUUAGAGCUGACUAUUUAUCUAGUUAUGUCCUAGUAAGGGGUUCUCCCUUUUAUUAGACGCAAGUUUCAGAUAGUUUUACACUUUACCUCUUCUUUUGUGCCGCCGCAAACAGGGAGGCAGAAUACAAGGAGUCCCUUCCAACCACUUUCCCUUCAUUUCUUAGUUUAAAGCUCUCAGCAGCCAUGCCCAUCUAGGUCCAAGAUGCUUAGUACCCUGGUACUUGGACAGGGUCAGUCCAUCAGAGUUUUCUUUCUGUGAAUACCUCUGAAUGGUUGAACUUCCCUUCCUCCACAGAAAUGAUCCUGGAUCUACUUGUUGGUCUUGACUGUUUGGUCAUGUACCCUACUUGUCUUGAGGAUCUAGAAGGUAGACCCCUUUAUUCAGCAAGUAUUGCCUCUUUCCUCUUCCCCAUCCAGAUUCCAAAUCCCGUUUUGAACUCUACCACUGUCUCCAGAUUCAUCUUUAGAUCAUCUCUUCCACGGAUGCCAAAAUAUUUUGUUUAAUUCUACCAGAAAGACUCGCCACCAUGAACCUAAGGCGCCAUCUUUAUGCUUGUAUAUUUGACUUUUCCGUACUACUCCUGGGACCUUCCCCAGUUGGUGCAUUUAAGUCCACAUCCGUGUUGCAUGGCUCGAUGUGCAUUAUACGUUCACACCAAUAGCACUGUUGUAUUGUUCAGUUUGGGGCAGCAUGCUUCAGGAAACAUAUGAUGACAUUGGAAGGAGUCCAAUGUUGAGUUGAAUGGAGAUCAUCAAAAAACAUGAUGCAUUGAGGAAUGGUUGGAAGAGCUAGGAUUGCGUAGCCUGAGGAAGAGCAGGUUGGCGUUCGAGUCUUCAGCUAGAGAGUGCUCUUUAUCAAGAGGAAACACAGGAGAUAGGGCAAAAAGCAAUGGGCCUGAAGUGCAACAAGGGAGAUUUAGGUUGAAUUUUAUAAAGCACUUUUUAAUUGACAGUGGGUCAGCACUAGAACAGAUUAGGUAGAGAGGUGGUAGAGUCUCCAUCUCUGCAAAGGUUUUAGGGUUGGCUGGAUAGAUAUGUGGCUGGGCUAAUUUGACAAGGAUGUUUCUGCGUGGAGCAGGGGUUCGGAGUAGGUAACUUCCUACAGGUCUCUUCCAGGCCCCUGCUUUCUCUCCGAUUCUCUUAUUUUGCUUAGUUUUCCACAUUUUUUUUUUUCAAGUUGUUCCCUGCUUCAUCCUGAGGAAAUUCCAAUCAUUGCCAGGGCUUUUGCAAAAAUGUUUAUGGUUUCUUCUUCAUUUUACCCUGUGUUUGCUUUCCACCUAAUUCGAAUUUUUAAGUCCUUUGGGGAUACUAGCCCCAUCCUCAUUUCUCGGCGAAAACUACGUGCUGUAUUGUGAACGAGGUGGUUUUCUUCUUUUCAGAAGAUUGCCCCCUGUAGCUUUCUUCCUUGCAGCAACACGUUGCAUUCUUCAAACUUCCUGUGACUAUUUCAAACGUGUUGAUUUCCGUUGGAAACUGCGGCACUGCUCGGCUUUUAAAAUGGUGAUGAACUCACGUAAACGGUGAUAAUUGCAAAUCAUGGCUCAUGCGAUAUACGUUAAGAAAGAUUCAUUAUCGUAUGUCACUUCUCUGCAACUUAACAGGUUUUCAUUGUUUUUCUUUCCAUAUUCAGCGAUGUGCAUUACUCAGCCUGGCAUUUUUUUUUUACUGUUUUUAGUUUUGAAUAGCAUGAUGAACAUUUCUAGUACACAAUUUUUUUUAUGUAUAUACUAGCAGCUUAUUCUCAACCCUUUUUUUUUUUUUUCUUGCUCUGCAUAAUUAAAUUCUAUCUAGUAGUUAGUUUGGUGGGGGCGGGGAGGCUGUAGAAAUUCGUAGAACAUAUUACUGCUUAACUUUUUCAAAGGAUGGUUUUUCUAAAGGUCCUUGAUUCAAAUCUGCCUGGCUCUCCUACCUUCUUUCCUUGCCUUUGGAAGCUGGAAUCAGAGCAUAUAAAUGCUCUUUUGUGCUAGAGAUAGCUGUGCUCUUGCCAGUGCUGAGUUCUGGCUUUUAUUUCUUAUUGCUCCACCUCUCUCCAAAACCACUUCAGUUAGGUCUUUAAAGUAUAUUGGUUUAGGGUGUUCUUUCCCUUGCUACUUUCAGAAAAUAAUUAUUCUGAACCUUUUGAGAAUUAAAGCUGCAAUAUGUAGAGGGUCCUUUUUUUCUUAAAAAAAAAAAAAAAACCAACAGAACAGAAAUCUGUUUUUCAAAUCUGUCGGAAUAGCUUCCGUUUUUAAAAGCCACGUUGUGGAGUUCAUUUAAAAAACUUAGUUUGCCAAGUUUCCCUUGCCAGCCCAGGUAAGUUCUUGUUGAAAAUUACUUUAGUUUUCUUUUCUCUUUGCAGAAUGGCUCUUCAGUGUUUGCAGGCUCAGCCUGGUUUAACCAUUUUGGGUUUAUGAGCACUGUAUAAAAAAACCCGUGCUGCUCACCCUUUUGCUUUCAGUCCGUUUUUGGUUUUGAUUGCAUCCUAUGAAAUGAGCCUUACCAGUAGCAAACCUGAGAACGUACCUGAAAAAAGAACAGUGCUUCUGUCGUGGUACUUUCUCUCUGAAGUGGUCAUGUGUAAGUGCUAUGGGUCUGAUUAUUUGACUUGUAAUGGUAGUCUGUUGUGCCAGUUUGUAAAGUUAGCUCACUAUUUAGAUGGGAAUUCAUUCCUUGGAUAAGAAAAGUAAUGUUGUUUCAGAAAUUCUGCAUAGGAAUUUGAACGGGAGAUUUACCCAAAGGCUUCCAGUUCCUAGUUUUCUGCUCACCUCUCACAUUUAUAAAACUAAAAAGUAGUGUGUGACAAAUAGCUAUUAGACUUUUAAGCCGGCUUUUGAUAUUUGUGCAUGUGUAACAGUGGCUUUAAAAUGAUGUGCGCUUAUUUUGACCAGAAUCCAGUAAUCAGUAAUAGGGCAAACUUGUAGGUGUUAGCAAGCUAAUAUGAAACUAUUGCAGUAGUUUUGAGUUUUCUAAUGAGCUUGCCUGGCUGUCCUGAAACUUUAUUUUACAAACCUACUGUUCCCAGUGUUUUAUAUCAUUCCAAUAAAUAUUCUGGCUCAUUUAAUUCUA